UGAACCCCGGAGGUGUUUUCCCAGCAAAGCCCAGAGAAGAUCGGUAGAUGUGGAAUAUGCAAGGAGCUGAAGAGCUUGGAGAAGAGACUUGUGCAGGCUGGGUGAAAAAUCCUGGUCCUAAGCAAGAUCUCUCAGCAAUUGGCUCAACAGGGAUCCUAGCAGAGAGAGUCCAAGAGGAUUACCUGGAUUCCACAGCAGAAGAAAAAUGCACAUGUGAGGGCAUGAAGGAAAACUCUGGAAAGGCUCCAGCGUCAUGCCUUUUCCAGAAAGGGGGUUUUGAGGGAAUAACCUUCCUUCACAAGGAAGCACCCCCUGAAAUGAUGAGGCAAGAAUAUCAUCUCGAGAAAAACUUGCUUUUGACCUCAAGCCUUGUGACACAUCUGCGGGUUUCUACAGAAGAAAAGGAGCAUCGAUGGGACGCCAGGAGCAUAUGUACCAGUGCGAUGUCAGGCCAGAGUCCGUGUCCAGCUCCGUCCACGCACAAGAAAUCUUGGCAAUGUCACGACUGCGGGAAAACCUUUACUCAGAGCUCAUCCCUCACCCUGCAUCAGAGAACGCACGCCGGGGAGAGGCCGUAUGCAUGUGAGCAGUGUGGGAAAGCCUUCCAUCGCAGCUCUUUCCUCGUUCAGCAUCAAAGAAUGCACGUCGGAGUGAAGCUGUACCGGUGCGAACAGUGUGGGACAACAUUUCGUUGCCAGUCAUUCCUUGCCCAACACCAGAGAAGCCACACUGGGGAGAAACCUUGUAAGGGCGAGGAGUGUGGGAAUUCUUCCAGCAACCAGUCACAUCUUGUGGAACACCAGAGACUCCACGGCGGAGAGAAACCUUACCAGUGUCAUCGAUGCGGGGAGUCAUUCCAUCAGAACACGCACCUUACCCAACACCAGAGAAGCCACACCGGGGAGAAGCCUUACUCAUGCCAUGAAUGUGGCUCCGCUUUCCGCAAACACUCAAACCUCAUGCAGCAUCAGAGAAUUCACUCAGGGGAAAAGCCCCAUAAAUGUGACCAGUGCGGGAAGAGUUUCCAAACGAAGGCCAACCUCUCUCAGCAUCGAAGGAUCCACACCGGGGAGAAACCCUAUCAAUGCAAGGAAUGCGGCAAGGCCUUCUGUCAGAGCCCAUCUCUUAUUAAGCACCAGCGCAUCCACACAGGGGAGAAACCCUACAAGUGCAAAGAGUGCGGGAAAGCUUUUACUCAGAGCACGCCACUGGCUAAACACCAGAGAAUCCACACAGGGGAGAGACCCUACAAAUGCAGCGAGUGUGGCAAAGCCUUCAUCCAAAGCAUUUGCCUCAUUCGGCAUCAGAGAAGUCACACGGGAGAAAAACCCUAUAAAUGCAACGAGUGCGGCAAGGGUUUUAACCAGAAUGCCUGCCUCACGCAGCACCUGAGGAUCCACACGGGAGAGAAGCCCUACACGUGCCAGGAGUGCGGGAAAGCCUUCGCGCACGGCUCCUCGCUCACGGAGCACCGUCGGACGCACACCGGCGAGAAGCUGUACAAAUGCAGCGAGUGUGAGAAAACCUUCCGCAAGUACGCGCACCUCAGCGAGCACUACAGGAUCCACACGGGCGAGAAGCCCUACGAAUGCAUUCGGUGUGGGAAAUUCUUCAGACAUAGCUCAGUCCUCUUCCGGCAUCAGAAACUUCACGCUGGGGAGUGA